UUAGUCUUAUAAGUAAAAACCCCUUGCUAUCCUCGCCGCCGGUGACCUAACGAAGAGCCAUGCUCAUUGGCAGAACCCAAGAGUUCUCUGUGCCCGUGCUCACCGUUCUACACGAUUUUAAUAAUUCCCUCUUAAACCCUAAUCCACGCGUAGCCCUCACUUUCCCCAUGCGUACUUCCCUCUUCUCAUCUCUCUCCUUCCUCCGCUCUGUCACUAUUUCCCUCUGUCACCACCACCGUCAUCUCUUAAGUUGCCAUCCCCUGUUCCUUCGCCCUUUUCCCACAUCCUCACUUGCCCGUUAUAAUCGUCUCCGUUUUCGGAGUAUAAAGUGUCUCAGUAGUUCCACCGAACAGUUGACGUGCGAAUCCUAUUCUCCUUUAACAUCGGAAGAGAAGUGGGACUUCUCAAGCUACCCUGAAAACGAAGAUGACAUUUUAAAAUUCGACGGUGACCCCGGUUAUCCGGGCUCCGGUGGAGACAUGAAGCACAUGGAUUCACCGGCGCUUGAGGUCAAGGAGUUGGAGGAGUUGCCGGAGCAAUGGAGGCGGGCGAGAUUGGCCUGGCUGUGUAAACAAUUGCCGGCGCACAAGGCGGGAACUUUAGUGAGGAUACUGAACGCCCAGAAAAAGUGGAUGAGGCAGCAGGAUGCUACCUAUAUUGCGGUUCAUUGUAUACGCAUUCGCGAAAACGACGCCGGGUUUAGGGUGUACAAAUGGAUGAUGCAGCAACACUGGUAUCGAUUUGAUUUUGCUCUGGCUACGAAGCUAGCAGAUUACAUGGGCAAGGAAAGAAAGUUUGCAAAGUGCAGGGAGAUAUUUGACAGUAUCAUCAAUCAGGGACUUGUGCCCAGCGAGUCUACAUUUCACAUUUUGGUCAUUGCAUAUCUUAGUGCACCAGUUCAAGGUUGCUUGGAAGAAGCAUGUAGCAUUUACAAUCGCAUGAUUCAGUUGGGUGGUUACAAACCACGACUCAGUUUGCACAAUUCUCUCUUUAGAGCUCUUGUAAGCAAACCAGGAGGAAGUUCAAAGCAUUAUCUCAAGCAGGCCGAGUUUAUUUUUCAUAAUUUGCUGACAUCUGGACUUGAGAUACAGAAGACUAUUUAUGUUGGCCUAAUUUGGCUUCAUAGCUAUCAGGACAACAUAGAUAAAGGAAGGAUUGCAUCACUAAGGGAGGAGAUGAAGCAAGCAGGAAUACAGGAGGACAAGGAAGUGCUUGUAUCGAUUUUGAGGGCUUGCUCAAGGGAUGGUGAUGUGGAGGAAGCAGAAAGAACUUGGCUCAAACUCCUCAGCAUUGAUGGUGGUCUCCCCACUCAAGCUUUUGUGUAUAGGAUGGAAGUCUUUGCUAAAGUUGGAGAACAUUUGAAAUCUUUGGAGAUAUUCAGGGAAAUGCAGGAGAGUUUGGGAUCUGCGAGUGUUGCUGCAUAUCAUAAAAUAUUGGAAGUGUUAUGUCAAGCUCAGGAAAUAGAAUUAGCAGAAUUGCUCAUGCAAGAGUUCAUUAAGAGUGGUAUGAAGCCCCUAAUGCCAGCCUUUGUUGAUCUAAUGAAUAUGUUCCUUAAUUUAAAUUUGCACGAUAAACUGAAAUCAGCUUUCUCUGCCUGCCUUGAAACCUGUCGGCCAAACCGCACUAUUUAUAAUAUAUACUUGGAUUCUUUGGUAACAAGUGGUGAUCUUCAAAAAGCAGAGGAGACUUUCAACCACAUGUGUAGUGAUGAAGCUAUCGGUGUUAAUACCAGAUCAUGCAACAUAAUUCUAAAAGGAUAUCUCUCUUCUGGAGACUAUAUGAAGGCAGAGAAGAUAUAUGAUCUGAUGUGCCAGAAGAAAUAUGAUAUUGAGUCCUCGUUAAUGGAAAAACUUGAUUAUGUACUGAGCUUGAGCAGGAAAGAGGUUAAGAAGCCUGUAAGUCUCAAGCUAAGUAAAGAUCAGAGAGAAAUUUUAGUGGGUUUGCUGCUAGGUGGUUUGGAAAUUGAUUCAGAUGAAGAAAGGAAGAAACACAAGAUUCGGUUUGAAUUCAACGAGACUUCUCGUGCACAUUCUGUUUUGAGGAGACAUUUAUAUGACCAGUACCAUGAGUGGUUACAUCCCUCCUGUAAGCUUAGUGAUGGCAGUGAUGAUGUAUCUUAUAGAUUUUCUACUAUCUCGCACUCUUACUUUGGUUUCUACGCAGAUCAGUUUUGGCCAAAAGGUCAGGCCAUGAUACCAAAGCUAAUUCAUAGGUGGUUGUCACCAAAGGUUCUUGCGUACUGGUAUAUGUAUGGAGGGCACAGAACAUCAUCUGGGGAUAUCUUGUUGAAGCUUAAAGGAAGUACUGAGGGGGUACAAAAGGUUGUUGAAACUUUGCAAGCAAAAUCUCUCAAUUGCAGGGUGAAGAGAAAGGGAAGAGUUUUUUGGAUAGGCUUUUUAGGAAGUGAUUCCACGUGGUUCUGGAAACUGGUAGAACCUUAUAUUUUACAAGAUCUUUCAGAUCUUCUAAGACCAGGUGAUCGGACCUGGGAAAAUGAUGCAGUAGAAAAUCAAAAUACAAACUUUGAUAGUGGAUCUGAUUUUGAUGAGGGGGCAUCUGAAUACAGUGACAAUGAAAAUUCAUAGGCUUACUUUAUGGAUUCAUGCUUGAGCAUGCAGUUCAGUGCUCCAUGUGGACUUUUGGCUCCCAGGUUAGCACGAAAUAUAUUUUGAGUGCCAUUUUUCAUCUACUAUGUAUCAUCCUCAGAAAGUAGUUGUACAUACAGAGCUAAGUUAUGUGAUUAAACCAAUUGAUAAAAAGUUCUCACGAUGUAAUCUGAUCUUUUUGUUUGCUUUAAUUGUGACUCAAGUUGGAAGCUGAAGCUCAUGAAGAUGCCGACUUGGUGCCUGAAGCUUCCGUGUAAUGUAUGCUGUAAAAUCAUGCUCUUUGUUUAUCUUUUGGGCUUUUGGCUUUUUGAUCGA